UCUUAAAUGGGCCUAGACCUAAUAUUAUCUUUUGGAAUACUCAUGGCCCUGCGUCCAAACACUCUCCAAUUUCAGCAAUCCCGCCAAAAAAAAAAAGUUUGGUCGUCGAUUCGAUUCAUCACAAUCCUUCGUUUUCGAACGAUUGUCACAGCGAUUUGAAGAAUCAAACCUGUUUUCCCCUUCAUUUGAAAAGAUUUCCGGCGUUUCCGCACGAUCCGUAUCCGGACCGGAUCGAUGUCAUGAAGUUGCUCAAUUGUCUCCAGAGAAGGGAGGCGUCUCCAUGCUCGUAAGCCCCAUCGGUAUACAUAUGGUCCGAGGAAUGCGUGCUUGAUUUCGAGCUUCUGGUUCUGAUUAUUUUUGUUUGUUAGUGCUCUGGAUUCUGAAUUGUUGAGUUAUACCAUUACCAGCUUUGAAGCGUUGUGCAGUUGUCUGGGGUUUGCUCUGAGGAAAAGAUUUUGACGAUGGAAGGCACUGGCAAUGGCAUUGAGCAUGAUCAAUAAUGCUUUGCAAUGGUUUAUUGAUCGCAAGGCAAAGUAAAAACCAAGAGGGAUAAUAAGAUCCGAUAGGGUUGAUGCAAAUAAUGGUCUGGUAUGAUCGGAUGAGAGAUUUCAUGGUCAGCAAAAUGAAUGGAAGGAUACGCCGAACUAAGGCGGAGAUUGAGGAAACAUGGAGAUUGAGGAUCUUGUUCAGCUUAGAAAACAUACCCUACAGAGAUAAUUCAUGGCCGGAGCCAUGGAGAUCGAGGAAUGGGAACUUGUCCAUACUAUGAUUCUUCCGAGUCAAUCUCUUCUAUCAAAGUCACCACGAGAAUCUCUGGGCCUAAACUUGAAAGAAUAACCUCGUCAUAAUAGAUGAGGCUCACGAUUUGGCUGGCAUUCCCAUCAGCAUGCACAGUGCGAAAAUAACAUCGUCACAGGUAAAUUUAUUCCCUUGUCAGUGUUAUCCGAAACUAUUACUGUAAGAAGCGGCCUAAGGCAUAAGGCAACAUGUACGGAGGAAUUCUACAGACCGAAAAUAUUGGUGAGGACUUAACUCCAGCAAACUGUGAAGAUAGCGACAAGAAAGAAGGGGCUUUACUGGCAGAUAAAGGGUGGGAAUAUCUCACAUCUGCAGCCAAGCUGGAGAAUCAAAUGAUACAAUAGGGGACCAUAUAUGAACUUGGUAUAAAUGUGAUGAUGAUCUCUUACCUAUAAACCCUCAAAUCCAGACAUCCUCUUUUAAACUCCGUCAAGAACAGGAUCACACUGCUCUUCAACUACCACGAAAGACAGUGAAUGAUAACGAACGUUUGGUAUCUUGGAGAUUUAAGUACGAAAUAAAUAUAGAUGGAGCCUUAUCCAAAGGGAGAGCAGAGUAAGCUACUAACAGGCAAAGCUUCUAACCCUUUUUUUUUUCGAUUCAGUCUUUCACGGCGAAGACAACAACAACCUAAGAAGGGUAAGAGAACAAUUGAUAAAUUUAUGCCUUCAGGAAAUUUCAUUCGGGGUGUGGCUGAAGUCUUACACAAGGCCCUUGGAAACUUCAAGUCAAUCUGCUUCAGAGAUUACCAGAAGUUACGAAACCGUCAACUGUUCUUUCCCUUCUCCUGCAGUGGCCGCUGCCCAGAGGAACCCUUCUCCAGUAUAUAUGAUGAAGAGGAGAAUGAGUUCCAAAAAUCCGAGCAAGGCGACAAGAAAAACGCGCUGAUGGAAGAGUCAUCCACAGUACAAGAAACAAAAUAUGAAAGUCCUGUACCACAAAAGAAGAAAGGCCCACGUCUGAAAAAGAGAAAGGUUUUGCAAAUAUCCAACGAGGAAACAGAGAGAAGAGACGAGGCAUUGGCGCAAAAGAUGAAAGACUAUAACAUGAUGGAUAUGAGAGACGACACGGACCAUGCAUUGGACAUAAGAGAGGCGCUUCGUUGUUACUCAAGGAUCAGAAGCCCUGUGUACCUUGACAUUGUUGACAACUUCUUCACGGACAUGUACCAUGAAUUCGCCGAUCCACACACCUCUUGCAGUGACAACAUCUUGAUAAACAGGGCAGGGUCUUUCAGUUUCAGGCAGUAGCUAUUCAAGCCCGUGUGUUCGUAAGCAUCUCUUACAUGUUAAAUCUCUGCCGCACCCUUCUGUUUCCGUCUAAUCGACUCCAUCUCGUUGUAUUGUUUCUUGCAAAACAGUAACAAACAGGCUAGACUUGGACUGGGAAGUGGCACAUCAGCAAGCAACGAGAAGCAAAAGGGUAGAAGACAAAACAAUCAAUGAUGUCAUCAAACGGAGCGAUUUUGUAUCUAUUUUCCCAUUAUAUAGGAUAUUGUUUUCCUGAACUAAAAUCUAGCUUCCCUUUAUACUUUUUACCUCAAGCGUGAAGACAAAACCCUUUAGAAAACAUAUGGCAUCUGUCAUUUGGUCGGGA